AUGUUUUGUACUGGAGUGGAUGCAGCUAUUGGCUAUAUUGACUUACCAGUCUUAAGCCUAGGCUUCUGCUUCCCAGAUUCUUGUAGCACCCUAUGGGUAAAAAGAAAGAUGGUGGCAUCACCAGGUAUUGACAAGGACGUGGGACAAAUGGAACUCUCAUCCAUUCCUGAUGGGAGUGCUGUGGUACAAGAACUGUUCACUGUUAAAUUCAUCGAUCAUGCUGACGAUUUCGGCACUUUACUGAAUGUAUACUGCACUUCAGUUAGAGGCAGUGCCCUUUGGAGCUUAGCCUUAAAAAUGAAUCCAGUCGUUUCGCAGCCAGGAUAUGGUACAGGAGGUGUGAUGAAUAGUGACUGGCAAACUGGCACAUUUGACUGCUGUGAUGACCUGGGGAUUUGCCUCUGUGGGACUUUCUUUCCCUUGUGCCUUUCAUGUCAGAUCGCCUCUGACAUGAACGAAUGCUGUCUGUGCGGAGCGAGUGUCGCUAUGAGGACCUUGUAUCGGACGCGAUAUGGCAUCCCGGGAUCUAUUUGUGGUGAUUUCCUAUGGCUGAGCUGUUUCCCUCUAUGCAGCCUUUGUCAACUCAAGCGAGAUAUUGAAAAAAGAAAAGCAAUGAAUGCUUUCUAAAAGGUGCUUGGUAAGUUGGUCACAUUCAUAAUGUGGUGAAAGAAAUGCUAGAAUCACAUACUGCAUCUGUUGAGUACUAUCUCACCCCAAAUCUUAGAAACUAAUUCAACUAAUCAUAUGGUUUCCAGUGGCUUCAAGACAUUUUAAGUUUCUAGUUUAUUUCAAAAGAAAUACAUUUCCAGUGCUGUUCUCUAAUAUGACUGCUAUUAAAAAAUUAAUGUCCUCAACA